CACGCGGACCUUAAGAACGUGUGAGGUUUAUUUCUUCGUGUUUUAGACAACACCAUUUCAAAUAAGUUGGUGCGAAAUUUAAUUUGAAACAGUUUUCAGUCAUAACUGGCAAAAGAAAUUUUUAUUGAAAUGAUAUACUAUGAUCUUCACUAGUUUCCUGCAUAUAUUACUGUUACACCGCCAGACAGCUGUCCGUUGAUAGAAACUUCCUUGAUAUAGUCAAAAUAAACAUCACUUCUUAUCUACAAAAAACGAUUCGGCGGCCUCAACUCUGGUCAUUCCUUUCAGAUUUAUCCAUCACAGCGACACUUUGGCGGUAAAACAGGAAGUAUGUACGAGUUUUCACCAGUCUUUAAAAUUCUAUACAGAAACAAUAUUUCCUGAACACAGCAAACUAAGUCGUAGGAGACAUAUUGUUUAAAAGAUAGUUUCGAUGUAGACCAUAAGUUUUUGUGAAACUUUCAAUAGUUUUGCAACACUAAAAAGCAAUGUGGUUAUCAUACCAAGAUAUUAUUGUGGACCACAUAAAAAGUAGCUGGCCUGUCGUAAGGGCAUGCCCAAUUCCAAACUAAGCUGUGUUAAAAACACAAUGAAUAUAACUUGCAGUGCACUAGAAAUACACUGAUUCGGUAAUCUGUAAGUUGCUCUGACGCUUUCUAGCUUUUGCCAUUCGCCACAUCACACACACAUUAUGUUUUAUCUCUAGUUAAUACAAAACAUUUUUUCCUUUUCGUUGAAACCAAGUCGGAGCUGUUUAAGAUGUUAAUGGUACCGCACAUGAGAUUCACAGCACGUCCGUGGUUACUAACAUCAGACUUUCUAAAUAAGAACUGGCGAGACCAGUGCCUCGCCUUGCCUCCUCCUAUAGCUACGGCCCUGUAGCCACGCCCUAAUAACCUCGUACGUGCUUCGGCUGAUCAAAGGAAGGCUUUUUGUCUGAAAAGUUCGUAAAAGUAAACACAUCCUCAGCCAGCUGCUAAUAGGUUUGACUUAGCUGAUGGAUAACGGUUAGCAAUGGUUCCCAUAACAAUCAAACCGAGUCAAACUGGCUAUAAAUGUGGUUUUUAUACGAUCGGUGGCAUUCAUUCGUAACCGUCUGGAAAUUAGAGAAAAUUGCAAAACUAGAAGCAGAUUGCAAAGAAUUUUUCUAAUUCUAAACAACAUAAGCUUAGCGAAGCAUUCGCUUUCAACACGAACCGUCAGCUGUAUCUUUUCCGCGAUGAAGCAACGAGAGACCGCUGUAUUUGAAGGAACUAACUACUGUAAUGGAAAAUUCCAGCGCUUCAAUAGCAGAAGCAUUUCAUGCAUAUAACGUUACAACUGACCGCUGGUACUGGACUCUACGAGUAUUCCUGGCAUUUUUUACGAUUCUCGGAAACACGCCGUUGAUAUUUCUCCUCAUAACUAGGCGCAAGCUUCGAAGCAACCUGUCAAACCGGUUUGUUCUGUCCUUAAACAUAGCGGACCUAUGCGUAGGCCUGUUCGUGACACCCCCUGAGCUACUAUGCACAUACUGGAUAGUGUGUUCCAGAAGAAUUCAGCUGGCCAUGUACGAGUUCUUCGUCUAUACAUCACUGCUGUGUCUGUGCGUGGUGACCUGGGACCGCUACAAGUCAGUCACUCGUCCGCUGACCUACCCCGUUGUGAUUGCCGUCAAGCAGUACCUUAUUCCUAUCAUCAUAUGCUGGGCUCUUCCUUUUGUUGUAACCCUCCUUCACUUCACGUAUCUGGUCGAAGACCUUGAAGAUCAGGCGACGGGGAUGAAAGUGUUUACUAUUGUCGAGACUGUUUUGUUUAUAGGGCUUCCUUGCCUUGCAUUACCUCUGGCGUAUCUACAUAUCGUCUGCAUCAUACAGAGACACAAAGAACGCGAAAAAAGGCUCAAAGACCAAGUGGAUUUUAACUACUCCACUGCCAUGAGUGACGAUGAUGCGUUAAGAGAAACAGAAUUCACCGCUCCAAAUCUCACGGUGGCACCUGCGAGAGACAGGGCUCAAAGUGAAAUGUCAAGUGUUGGAUUAGAUUCCGAUAUCGAACGCUCCACUGACGCCAGAAAUGUACCGCUGAAGACAAAACCAAGGCAUCCAAACCAUGAUCGUUCUAUCACAGUUCUUGGCAUAGUGAUCAUAGUGUUCGUUGCCUGUUGGGCGUUUGCGGCCUAUCUUCAUUUUAAGCAAUCAUUCAGUGUCACAGAUGUGGCUAAGAUCGCUCACUCAGCUAUAGAAACGCCCAUGAAUUUGUCGUGGCUGUUUCUCCUGGCUCACUCAGCCCUUAAUCCCUUUAUUUACGGGCUUGUUAAGAGAGACAUAAAGAAGGAGCUAACAAAAUGUCUGAUGUGUCGGAGAUAGAGAAACUGAAGAAUUUCAAAACAUAAACACCAUACGUAUCAAAUCAGUGGAGAAAAAAAAAUACCAUGAAUUAUUUGAAGAUGAAUGCCAUUGACAAGCAAUAUAGAAAGAGAAUUUAGGAUAUAAGAAAUGAAAUGUCAGAUUAUCUCGUAAGAUAGUAAGAAAUUACUGGAUUCAUUCAGUUUCUGUGUAAUGACAAGAAUUAUAUGUAAAAUAUUUGAUUAUUAAGGCUUCGCUUUAAAUCAUGCCAAAUCCGAUUCCACUAACUGAGUAAGCCAAUCAAAACACUUCAUUGUUGUCAAUUGUUGAGCUGUUUCUUCGCGCGUUUGUAAAUACUUUUCUACAAAUUUUAGCGUUUAAACCAAAAGAGAUCUUAUGUAAGUUUCCCGUAAAAGGCGCGAGUGGAAUUGACGUCAUACGACAUAACACAACUACCCUGUGACGGUCGACAUCAUGGUUCAUAGGAAAGGUUCCAACAUCAACAACCACCAUUUUAUUUUGCAUAAUACAGAGAAUAUCAUGCUGCAAAAGAAUACAUUAAACUUAAAUAAGCAAAAAAAACUACUCAAAAUAGUAAAAACUAAACGAGCUGAGUAGUUACAAGAAUCAUUACGCUUUAAAUCGGUUGUAGGAAAAAUAAAGAAAGGAAGAGGUAGAGGUAUAGCGUUCCCUCUACUUUCCAGUAAUUCUAACAUGUAUAAUCUACCAUCUGUACAUAUGACGGCGUUAAACCUGAUUAAAUCAGUUUCACUUCGCCAUC